AAUCGCCGUACUCUGUCGUGUUCGUUCCGGAAUCCUCUCGACCGUCGGGAAACUUGAGCCUUCAGCUUCCUCCUUCCUCCCCCAUCGCCAAUGGCAUCCCCUUCCCUCGCUGCAGCAAAUACACUUCGCGAGAUCCUCCUCCUCCUCCUCCUCCCGCGUCGAAGCGAAAUCGAAGCACACACUCCUCCUUUCACCUCCCCUUCACUUCUCCUCGCCGCCCAAGGGAAGGGCAAAGGUGGGGGAAUCUUAGCUUACAUAGGACCCAGGGGGGCGUCAGCGUCGUCUCUGCUUCUCCUUGUCUUGUUUGCAGGAAUUGAGGGGAAUUCUUUCUUUUUUCUUCGCUGGAUUUGGUUUGGUUGGUUCGCUGGUAUGUGCCUCUGAUCCCUCGUCUAUAGUGGCUGUGGUUCUAUGCUGGUGUAUGUGUAUACCAUCGUUGAGAUGAGAGAUUGUGCGCGGAGAAUUUGGUGCUGCGUACCUGAAUGUUUUGUUUGUGCAGCAUUUUGAUAUUCCGUUGCUUUUGGUAGGUCGGAUAUGUUUAUUUGUUAGUAAUACUAAUAGUUUCGCGUUGUUUAUCGUUAGCAAAAGCCAUGUAGUAUCAGUUCACGACUUCGUUAUUUUCGAGUGUACGCUUUGUCAUCGCAAAAUCUUUUGUAUGGAUUUUUUGGCUGAACAACAUCGUGUGGAGUAGUGCUGUUGCUGAACUGAUUGAUCUACUUUAGUUGGAAGACCCUAAUCUUGUGUUUCUCAUAUUAAUGCAAUAAAACGGGUGUCAUAUUUUUUUUUUUGAAAAACAAAACAAAAGCAAGUUGGAAAUAAAAAUGUCACCAUUUUGCAUGAGUUUUGACAUUGAAUUUGGUCAUUCGUGUACAGCUGAUAUUGGUUGGACCGGAUGCGGCUCUACUCAUCUGCAGUCAAUUUGCGGCGACCUUCUAAACGUACCAUGUAUUCCCAAUCUAGUCAGUUUCAUGGAGGAUUAACACAGAGUUUGGGAUUACGGAAGUGUUCACGCUCGCAGACAUCCAGUUAUAAUGUGAAGCUGGGUCUUGUCGAUUGUUCUCUACAUAGGAAUAUAAAAUCUUCUGACCGGCCUAGUCUGAGGUACUUUGUUAGCUUAGUGGGUCGGCAGUUCCGUUGUGGACUGUCAGGCAAAGAAGGUAGUUUAAAUAUGAAGCUCGACAUGCCUUCCCGUGACAAUUUCUCUAGUAUGAGCUGGAAAUGGAGAGGUUUGCAUCAAAAAAUAGGAGGUACAACCAGUGGACUUUGCUUAGGUUUUGCAGUUUCUGGAAUAGCAAAUGCUGAGGUUCCUGUGGAGAUAAGCAUCAGCAAUUCAGCAGCAUCUACCAGUUCAACUCAUGGCAAAGAAGUCUAUACGGAUUAUUCAGUAACAGGGAUUCCUGGAGAUGGAAGAUGCUUAUUCCGCUCUGUGAUUCAUGGGGCAUGCAUUAGGGCAGGAAGACCCAUACCAAAUGAAGAUCUUCAGAGAAAGCUAGCUGACGAAUUGAGGGCAAUGGUUGCUGAUGAAUUUGUUAAGAGGCGGGAAGAAUCGGAAUGGUUUAUUGAGGGAGAUUUCGACACAUAUGUGUCCCAUAUUAGGCAUCCACAUGUGUGGGGCGGUGAACCAGAAUUAUUCAUGGCUUCACAUGUUCUUGAGAUGCCAAUAACGGUUUACAUGCAUGAUGAAGAUGCUGGUGGUUUAAUAACAAUUGCUGAAUAUGGCCAACAAUAUGGAAAAGAAGAUCCAAUCCAAGUUCUAUAUGAUGGUUUUGCUCAUUAUGAUGCUGUACAGAUUCCAGCAAAAAAAUGCUCCAGAGAGAUGACUUCUGAAUUUUUGAAGUUUCAAGGUUCAAAUGGAUCCAGGCAUAGAUUCCUGAAUCGAGAUGGAAAUAGAUGACAAGGCAUAUGUUUCUCGAUGUGAAUCUGCUGAAAGAGCCGAAACUGAAUUGUUGUUAUCCACACUCUAGUAAUGCUUCUGGUAAAACGUGAGACAAGGCAGCAUAAGCUUAUGGAUGAUUGAAUCCUGCUUGGUUAGUUAAUACACUGAUUGUAGGCACAUGUAAGGGUGUAAGCCUGUAACUUACUGCAAUAUCCUGCAUACUAAUGUGAUGACUAUGAGACUAUGACAAUAGGGCACGUCUUCCUGCUAAAUGCCUAGUGGUCACGGUGUUUCCUGAUCCAAGUUUUGA